AUGGCCCACAAAGAGGAACUAUUUCCAGCCAUUGGAGAGAUCGCUGCUAAAACUGACGAAAUCCCAGCCGCCGAAACAGAGGAAGGCUCGAAAACAGAGGGAGGAGAGAAUUUCGACAACGAAGACAAAGUAGUUCAGGAGAUAGAGUCAUUGUGCAUGAAAUGUCAUGAACAGGGUGUUACUAGGUUGAUGUUGACUUCGAUACCCUUCUUCAGGGAAGUGAUUGUAAUGUCAUUCCGAUGCGAGUACUGUGGCGCAUCCAACAAUGAAAUCCAGUCUGCUGGAGAAAUCAGACCCGAAGGAACGCUCUACACCGCUAAAAUCCUGGAACGCAAAGAUUUGAACAGGCAGAUUGUUCGCUCUGCUUCAUGCGAAAUCACGAUUCCCGAACUCGAUCUUACCCUUCCGCCAACAAACCGCGGUCAGCUUACCACAGUCGAGGGCCUCAUUCGCGAUGUCGUCUCUGAUCUGAGCAUGGACCAGCCUCUCAGGCGGAUACAAGACGAGGUGUCGUACACGAAGAUUCAGGAAAUCAUCGAUAAGAUGAAACCCAUCCUCGGAGAUCCCGACGACGACGAGGAGGUUCAAGAGCAAGCCGACUAUCUCAAUCUCCCCUUGACCCCAUUUACUGUGAAGCUCGACGACCCCGCUGGAAACAGCUUUAUCGAGUUUUACGGAGGAAUGUCUGAUCCUAAGUGGAAUCUUCGCACGUACCAUCGUACUCUGGAGCAAAAUGUAGCGUUGGGGUUGGUUGCUGCGGAUGAUGCUCAGGCGCAGUCGGAGGUGAUACAAGAGGAAGUAACGCCAGAGGCUAUUACGGACGACGAGGUUUUCGUUUUCGAUGGACUAUGUUCAAGCUGCGGACAUGCCAUCAAGACUAACAUGAAGAAAGUCAACAUCCCCUACUUUAAAGAUAUCUUGAUUAUGUCCACUAAUUGCGAAUUCUGUGGAUAUCGCGAUAACGAAGUAAAAUCUGGCGCGGCAAUCUCGCCUCAAGGAAAACGAAUCAUCCUUAAAUGUGAAGAUCGUGAGGAUCUCAGUAGAGAUAUCCUCAAGAGCGAGACUGCGGGUUUGACGAUACCUGAAAUCGAUCUUGUGCUUACUCACGGUACAUUAGGAGGACGGUUUACGACAGUAGAGGGAAUCUUAGAGCAGAUUUACGAAGAGUUGGCAGACAAGGCGUUCGCGGGAGACUCUUCGAAUAAAGAAGACAAAGAGGCGUACGAGGCGUUCUUGAAAGGACUCAAGGAAGUCAAAAACGCUGAGAGACCGUUCACAAUCAUCCUAGACGACCCGCUCGCCAAUUCCUACAUGCAAAAUCUAUACGCCCCUGAUCCCGACCCGAACAUGACGAUUGAACUCUACGAUCGCACCUUUGAGCAAAAUGAGGAGCUUGGGUUGAACGAUAUAAAGGUGGAGGGGUAUGAAGAAGACGCCGCUUCUGAGAAAAAGGAUGAAGGAAACGACAAAGAGACUUCGAAUUCGGUAUAA